AUGGCCAAAAGAAUUGACAGCCUUCAAGUAGCAGCUGUGAACACAAGCCAACCAUCAACUGUAUGGGUGCAGAAUGAAGAAAGCCAAGAAGAGCAACAACAGGAGCAAGUGAAAUACAUGCACAACCAAAAUUCCGGUCAGAAUGAAGUUUAUGGCGAAACCUAUAACCCCUCCUGGAAGAAUCACCCUAACCUUAGAUGGGGAGAUAACCAUAACCAUAACCAACAGUCAUGGCAAAGAAACACAACCCAAAAUAACCCGAGGAACAACCAGCAGAACAACAACCAAAAUUCAUUCAGAAAACCACAAAACACUUACCCCAACUCCAACCAUUAUCCAAUCCAUAACCAAUCCAUCAACCAAAACACUUAUCAUCAACCACCCACAUCUCACAACCAACCACAAGCAUCCCCUGAAUCUCAAAGAAUCACUAACCUGGAAACCUUGAUAGACAAGUUGUGGAAACAUCAAGAAAUGACGGCCAAGAAUCAAGAAGCUUCCAUCAAGAACAUGGAAAGACAAAUAGGCCAGCUCUCUAAACACUUUGCAACAGAGAGGCCAUCAAGUUCUUUGCCAAGUGACACAAUUCCAAAUCCUAAGGAAGAGUGUAAGGCGAUACACUUAAGGAGUGGGAGAACAUUGGGGAGUAACAAUGACACUACAAAGAAACAAGUGGAGAGCAGCAAAAAGCCAAUAGAUGCAGAGAAAGCCAAUGAUCAAGACAUGAUGCCCUUAUAUGCCAAGUUCUUGAAGGAACUCAUCAACAAGAAAAGAAGCUGGCUGGAGAAGAAGACUGUACUUCUCACUGAAGAAUGCAGUGCGCUCAUCAGAAAAGGACUCCCUCCCAAGUUGGAAGAUCCAGGGAGUUCUUCUUACCUUGCACCAUUGGAAGUCUAUUUAUUGGCAAAGGGAUGUGUGAUUUAG